AUGCCAAUGGAACAGGAAGCUGUAGUUCCAGAAACUGUAGAAAUGCCAAUGGAACAGGAAGCUGUAGUUCCAGAAACUGUAGAAAUGCCGACUGAGCAAGAACUUAUGGUUCGGGAAAUAAGAAUAGAAAACGUAGAAACAGAAGAGCAGGAAAGCCUGUCACAGGAGUCAUUACAGAACAUAGUAGUUAAGGAGAUGUAUGAACCACAAAUCAUACAAAUUGGUCCGACUGGCACAACCAUUUCCGUCGAUGAUUUUAAAAAAGUUCGCUGGACUAACGCUUCAAUCGCUACCAGAACUUUGCUCGAAGUGGUUUUUGAUAGACAAACUCUCGCCACACAUACUCUUAGCGGCAAACCGUCUCCCGCUUUUCUUCAUCUCGGACGACCAGUGAAGCGGCAAUUGCAUCCAAAGAAGGUGGAGGAUAUCAUCUGUUGUGUGCGAGCAGUAUUCAAUUGCUCUGAGAAAGAAAUUAGAAUGUCUAUAACAUCGAAGUGUGCCGACAUCGCAAAGUCCGCGAAACGCAUGAAGAAUAGGCGCAAUUAA